GGAGGUUCGGUCGGUGCCUCACUGAUCCACUUGAAGCUUAAUUGCUCGGACCUCGCAGUCUCUCGCUUUCACUCUCUCACAGACACACCUGAGAUGAGCUCCCUGUGAAAUCAGCUGGUUGGUUCCGAUGCGGCCCCUCCUUCAUCAGACUGGACCGACACAUUAAAUGGGUUAAGUCCGUCAUCGGGAGCCGCGGGAGAUCCCUUCCCUUCAAUCGGCCGCUUGGACGCUCUGAGCUGCGGGCUCUCUCCUCUGGUUCAACAGUGCAGGCUGAAUUUUAAUCGUGGUUGUGUUUGUGGAGGGAGAACCAGCAGAACCAGCAGCAGCAGCAGCAGAGCAUCUCAGACUCAGACCUGUGGGCGGCUGCGGGCGCGUCCGUCUGGGCAACACGGCUUCAUCCCAACAACCCCACAUCCUCAAGACAUGGCGAGGAGAGGUGGGCUUUAACCUGAAACUAGAUUCUGAUUAAUUCAUGUUGGUCACCAGAGGUUUUCACCAAACCAGUUGAUAUUUUCCUGAACAAAAAAAAAAAAAAAAAAAAAAAAAAAAAAAAGAAAAGUGGGGGAGGCACAUGACACACCGGUGGAUUCCCGGAGCCACGUCCAGCACCGAGACUGAAUGAGUCCAUCUUCGGCUGUUGGACGGACUCCUCCAGCGGACAGGACGGAUGCAAACGGACUAAACACACCUCGGCAGCUCAAAUCAGCAUCAGCCUCUCGGCCACCGGCGCACUAGCGGAGCGGGAGGGACUCUGACACCGGGGGAGCAGCUUCUUUGGCAGGGAAAAGAUGCCAUUCCACCAUGUGCGGGCAGGCCUGCUCUAUCCGGACAACUACCUGAGCAGCUCCCUGACCGAGGGCAGCGAAGCCUUCCAGCUCACCAGCCUCUCCACUGAGGAGCUGGGAGAGAUCCGUGAGGCAUUCCGGGUUUUGGACCGAGAUGGGAAUGGCUUCAUCUCCAAGCAGGAGCUGGGCAUGGCCAUGCGCUCCCUGGGUUACAUGCCCAGCGAAGUGGAGCUGGCCAUCAUUAUGCAGAGACUGGACAUGGAUGGGGACGGCCAGGUGGACUUCGAGGAGUUCAUGACGAUACUGGGGCCGAAGCUGCUGUCGUCCGACAACAGAGAAGGAUUCCUGGGCAACACCAUUGACAACAUCUUCUGGCAGUUUGACAUGCAGCAGCUGUCUCUGGAUGAGCUCAAGCAGGUUCUGUUUCACGCCUUCCGGGACCACCUGACGAUGAAGGACAUAGAGAACAUCAUCAUCACGGAGGAGGAGAGCCUCAACGAAACCUCAGGGAACUGCCCUGAGUACGAAGGAGUUCAUCCUAAGAAGAAGAAUCGGCAGACAUGUGUCAGGAAGAGCCUGAUCUGCGCCUUUGCCAUGGCUUUCAUCAUCAGUGUCAUGCUUAUCGCAGCCAAUCAGAUGCUGCGGAACGGCAUGGAGUGAAACCAGUUGCACUGUGAGCAUGGGGAGCGGGACAGAAACAGCCAUGACCUCACGUUUUCUCUUUGCAGCCAAAGCUGGACCAGCCACAACCCAAACACUUCUCAAAACAAUCAGUUGACUUUGUUUUCCUUGUUUUUGUGUGAAUUAUUCGUAGAAAACGGACAGUGUGGAUUAAACGUGGAGAGGUUUGAUUGUUUUGCAACGAAGAUGUCACCAGUUGAAGUCACUUGAAUUUUAAAUGCAAAACAGUUAUGGUUUUCUAUAAAUUGUGACACUAAACAAGAAUUACUUUGCUGUUUUCAAGGUGAAAACAACCCUUUAAACUUAAUUUUACGAUUACCAGAAAUGCUUAUCAGGUGCUUUGAGCCAUUCUUGAUUAUUAAAACAAUGAAUACAUCAGAAAGCUGCAUAUUUACUCUGGAAAUGUGCAGGAAUGUGAACUGAGUGAAUGUGAGCACUCUAUCCUGGCCACAGCGUUGAAAUUCAUACCAGUUUCCUCACAUCUCAUGUAGCCGUGCAUCAACGUCACGUUUAGCGUGAAGCAUUUGCAUCUUCAGCUCAGUCUGCUGUUUGUGCUACUGCGUCAGAUCUUUAUGUGUAUCUAGAGGAAGCACAACUCAGCUCUCAGAAAGGGACCACUGGAUUCCCAUCACGUCUUAGUCUGAUGUUUUUGUGGUGUGGAAAAGACAAUGUAUAUAGAUAAUUUACAAAAACCUCACGAGCGUUGUAAAAAUAGACCAAGCCGAACUCAGUUAUUAUCAUGUAUGCGUUUGUGGGGGAAAUGCCUCAUAUUUGCAUUUCAUUGUUAUACAGCUCAUGUGUAGGACCCCCUGACACCAGGACAGGAUAUAUUUUGCCAUUAACUGAAGAUUUCCCCAUAAAUUUUGCUACCUAGCUUAUGUAAUCUUUUACUCCUCGCAAUAGCAGAAAGUACACUGCAAAAACACUAAAUGAGCUUUUUGGAGUCAAUAAUUUCUCAAUAUAACAUGGGGGAAACAUCUUGUUAUAAAUGAAAUAAUAUUCCAGUGGAACUAAAACUUUUUCAACAAUAUUAAGGAAUAAUUUAUUUAAAACAAGCUCAUAUUUCUUGCUGAAAAGUUACUUGUAAAUUAGUUCUGUCUCAUUUCAAGUGAACUAAGAUAUUUGCACUAGAAACUAGAACAAAAAUACUUGCUAAGAUUUUGUGUUUUUGCAGUGAACAAAGCUUUAAUAUUUUCCCUCUGGCCACUUUAUUAGAUUCCUCUGUUAACACAACAAUAACAUGGCAGCAAGUCGCUGCAUUUUGGCGACUUUGAACCUGGCAGGAUUGUUGGUCUGAAUAUUUCAGACACUGUGAAUCUACAGUUUCAUGCUCGCCCAUCUCUCACAGAGAAUGGCCCAAAUAUCCCUGGAGAAGCAGCUCUGAGGAGAAAAUUUCCUGUUGAUGUCAGAGGAGGAUGAUCAGACUGGUUUGAGAUGAUGUAAGACAAAUGUAGCUCAAAUAACAUGUCUUCAGCUGCAAUAUUCAGCUUUUAGAAACAGAAUUUGGUGUAUAAAACAUGAAAUCACAGCACAGGCUGCUGGUGAUGUAAUGAUGGAGAAGAGUACUUUCAAUUUCGGCCCCUUGGUACUAAUCUGAUAAUCUCCCUUCCUUUACGGGCUCAGUGGACCUAUUUCCUGAAGGAUACUUUCCGCAGGUUAAUGGUCCGUGUGAGGAAGCUAAAAAUCUUCUUAAAUUGAGAAGUAGUUCAAUGCAGUCCUCCAGGGGUCAAUUCAACAGAGCACCUUCAUAUCAUGGAUUCACAGCUAACAAAUCUAAAUCAACAUGUGAAGACGGACCAGAGGACCGUUUCUGACCCAAAGGUCAAUCUAUGCUACGGAGAAUCAAGGUCCGGAUCAAAACUAACAAGGUGUACCUAAUAAAGUGGAAGGUGAGUCAGGACAUACAGGAGGCGUGUAGUUAAGUUCUUGGAAAAGGUUUCCCUCUAGUGGUCAAAACAGAAACUAAAGCUUAAUCUGAGCCUUCAGAUGUGUUGUUGCGAGAUUAUUUUGUUGUAUAUCUAUAAAAAAUAUAUAUAUUCCCAUUUUUCUAUUUCUUUUUUUUUUUUUUGCUCAGGACUUAAUGAAAACUGUAAUAUUUUCCAGGCAUUUUUUUUAAAAUCUGUGCCGUUUUACAAGAAAAUGAACUUUGACACACUUUAAAACCACACAAGAUCACCUCACACCCACAGAAAUGUAACUUAAGGAUGGAAAUGACCAAAUGAAAUAUCUGCUCCAGAUUAUAAAUAAUGUAUUUACAAACAGAUAUGAAGAAUAUGUGGGACGUAGUAACAAAAACUUGGUUGAUAGACAUGGGCUGGCCUUCAUUUGUACAGCAGCAGGGUAUUAACACAAAAGUUUGAAAUAAAAUUAUCUUACAGAAUCUAAUAUAUUUUAGAGUUUAGUUUUGUUCAUUUAACAGAAAAGUCUCUGUUUUUCCUAUACAGCAGCCUAAAUGAGAUUGAAGGAUGCCGUUACUUUUAACUUUAACGUCAUCACUGCGAAAUUUUACUAACAACCAGAGAUGUAGUAGCUUCAUUUCAGCCAGCUGACAGCAGUGUGCAGCAUCACACAGCCAGAGAAGAUUCUGCUCAACCUGGAUUUUUUUCUGGCAGCCCAUUAACAUGACUUUAAUCUGGAGGAACAAAAUUAAACCACAUUUUUUAAAAUUAUGGUGCUCUGGUACUGCUAACCAGCCCAUGUCUAAUCAAUAAAUUAGUUUUUUAAAGAUAAUUAUGUGAAUAUAAAGUAUCUUGUAUCAUAAAUGUCACUUCAGCUAACCUGUCCAGCCCUGUGUAGAUCAUUGCUCCUGACUUUGACUUCAUUAUAUUCAUGUGCAAAUGAAACCAGAUAUCGAAAUACACUGUACAAAAAAACAUUACCACUUUUAUCAAAAUCUGACAAAAAGUCGGGCGAAAAUUCUCCUGUCUUUUAAAUAACAAAUAUGAUUAUGGUCAAACAUUUCAGUUUAGCUUCAUUCGAAGACAUGAAAUGUCUAUAAAAUCUAAGGUCUUGGUUGUUGUGUGUACAAAUUAUAAUCUGGCAUUUAUGCUGCUUUUAGAGUAAAUGGCUUCUUCCUCUCUGAGUGGCUUUCCUGUCCAUGUCGGUCCAGGACUCAUUUCCUGACUUCGGCCAGGAUUUUCACAUUUUUGUUUUUGAUAAGCACAUUUUACACCAAACCUCUGGUGCACAGAAAACAUCUCUUUCCUAAACAAAACACAGAUGGGCAUUUCUGUUCUGGUUGGGGCGUCGGCAGUCAUUUGAGUUAAACAUUUUUUAAAGUUGCCAGUAAAUUUGAAAACAUCACUUGAUAAUGAUGUGUUAUUGUAAGAUUAACUUAUGAACACCAACUAAAAGUCUAAAAAUGCAAACAUUAAGAAAAGCUUAAAUAAAUAAGUAAUGCUAAGCCUGGGGGAGGCACAAGUAAAGCCUGGUGGCCCGCCAGGCUUAUAACACACUGGGAGAAACCCAGGCCAUAUAGGGAAUGCUUUGUUUCACUACACAAUGAACAAACUGUAUCUUUUUAUACAGUGUAUAUAAAUAUCUGGUUUCUACUCUGUGUGGAUUCCCUAACUGCAUGGUGCUCCCUUUGGGACAAACAUUGGACCGGAGACUAAUUGUUCCCUUUGGACAAAUCUCUUACAAUAUUCUGCUGGGGGGUUUUUGGACUGUUGCCCAUGUGGAUCAAACCUGGGGCAGAACUUUCAGUCAAGCUGAAGUGCAUCCAUGUGGGUUUACAGGACGACUUUGUGAAAAUGUAAAGAAAAAAAAAUCAGCGAGAGGACGUUUUCUUUCAAAACAAGGUCAAGUAUCACAGCUAAAAUGUAUAAUACUGUAAAUCAGCGAGCAUGUUGUUGUCACGUCGUUAAAGGGAUUCAGUUCCUCUUUCCUGUUGGUUUAAAUGUAAUUAUGUAUGUAUUACUGUCACACAUUUGACUUAACUAUUUAUACAGUAAUAGCCAUUUUUAUAGUUUCUACCAGCUAUUAAUCAAAUCAGAGAGCAGAAGAGGGCAUUUUCAUAAAUAUGCAAAUACAAGGUCACACCGUCAUCAUCAUCCUCAUCAUCAUCUACGUGUCGCUUCAUCUUUAGAAGAGUCUCACUGUGGAUGGUUCUACUCACUGAUCCAGUAUGUCAUGUAUUUUAAUAACUUGCGAGUCUAAUAUAAUAUCCUCAUUGUCCUCUACAAACUUCUGCCGUUUAUCUUACGUUUAUUCUUGGACGUCCAUUUGUCUUUGAAAUUCCCGGCACAUUUGACUUAAUGUUUUCCUUUUCCUGUCAGCGUCACGGCCCUUUUGAAACCAGCAUUACUCACUUUAUCCCUGCAGUUUAUGUAAAUUAAAAUGUUUCAUUUUGAGAUCAUUGCAUGACUGUGCAAGGGAAACCCGUUUAAGGUUCACACUAUUGUACCCAUGCCUCUGUAAAAGGACAAGAACCAGUUUAUGGUUUCCAUGUUUUUGAAGUUUGUUUUUACCAAAACAUGUUUUUACCAGUUGUAUAUUGUACAGAGAUAAAACUACACACAGAUAGCUAAUACAACCUCGGCAUGCUGCUUAUAAAAGGAGAACGAAAACAGCAAUAGUUACCAACUGAAUGGAUAUUUAAAAUGCAAAGUUUAAUCUGAGUAUUCUAAAAAUCUAUAUCUAUAUAUGUUUAUGCAAUAAAACUUUGUUUUGAUAGAAACUGA